AUGGAUUACUUUCAUGUAAAAUUGGUUCACCAUGUUGGUACAGGAGCAAAAAACACCUGUGGUAAAAUAUGGAUAAAGAAUGGUUUGGAAGGAAACAACUCUACAUUGGUACGUGAGCUAGAAUCUUACGAAAAACGAUCAAUAAAUAAAGAGGCAGAGCGAAAAAUCUCGAAGGUUCCAACCAUACUUCGUGGGGUCGAGAAGGUCAAGGACUGCUACGAUCCCAGGAUAGUUGCAAUUGGCCCUUACCACCAUGAUAAUGUGAAUCUAAAAGAAAUGGAAACUUUCAAAAUUCAACUUACACUACAGUAUGCUAAUCAAAGUGGAAAAUCGAUCGAGGAAUUGUAUAAAGAGAUGGAAAAGUGGUUGAUUGAUGCUAGGAAUUACUAUGUCGAGGACGUAGUAAAAAACUUUGAUAACAAGAAGUUUGUGGACAUGAUGUUUCUUGACAGUUGCUUUGUCAUCCAGUUCAUAUAUAUUUGUUUGGAACCUGCAAAGAAUGAUAUAAGGACCACGACAAAUUCUAAGUUAGAGGCAACAACCAAAAAAACGAAAGAGCCUAUUCAUCUUCUUGAGCUUGUUCAGACUAAAUUUGUUGAUGAUGAAGAAAUAAAAAAUGGGACUAGCCAGAAACCAUCUUCCAAUUGGUGCUCAUAUCGCUCAGUUAAGGAGUUAAAGUCGGUGGGAAUAUAUUUGCAGCCUAGCAAGAAGUCAUGUCGAUUCUCUGAUAUCACAUUUCAUUCUACGAUCUUAAAUGGAAAGCUCAGCCUCCCCGGAAUAACCAUCGAGGAUGGCACCAAGUCUUUGCUUUUGAAUUUGGUGGCUUUUGAAGCUUGCGCUGACACUUUAAGUAAUUUUGGGGUUUCCUCCUAUGUUUAUUUCAUGGAUACAUUGAUUGAUCAUGCUGAUGAUGUGAAGGAGCUACGAUAUAAAGGCAUAAUACUCAAUCUCCUGGGCAGUGACCAAUAG